AAAGAACCAAAACAAAUUGAAUAUGCAGCUUAUGGGAUUAGCUAAUUUGGGGUUUAGGGCUAGAGUGUUUUGUUAAAUAAUCAUGGAACUUGAAGUUGAAGGUCACCUCCUCUCACUCUCAACAAUGGAACCCAACAAAAUAGUGGAACCAGAACCAUUAGAAGACGACGAAGAACAUGGUGUUCUCCUUUACUACAAGUAUGCGCAGAUCCCAGACCUGGACGACCUUCUCGCCUUCUACAACUCCAACUGCAGUGCCCUCCACCUGCUCGGCCGUGUCCGACUCUCUCCUCUUGGCGUCAAUGUUACUGUUGGUGGGAAAAUGUGCUCUUUGAAAAAGCACAUUUCUGCGGUUGAGUCCAAUAGUCUAUUCCAUGGUACUGAUUUCAAGCUCGCUACUAGUCCUCGUCCAUUGAACAAUAAGGUUGCCAAAGAAUGUGGAUUCACCUCACUCUCAAUUCGCAUUGUCAAGGAGUUGGUCACCUUACACUCCAAUCCUCUGCUCAAACCACCUGAAAUUUCAGAUGCAGGGAAGCAUCUUUCUGCAACUGAGUUUCAUUCUGCUCUUCAAAUUGCUGGACAAAGUUUGGAUGAUGAGAGUUCAACUUUAACAGACAGAAAACAACUUGUUUUGUUGGAUGCUCGAAAUUUGUACGAGACGAGAAUUGGGAAGUUCCACGCACCAAAUGUGGAGACAUUGGAUCCUGGCAUUAGGCAGUAUAGUGAUCUGCCCUCAUGGAUUGAUGAAAAUUCUGAUGACUUGCGUGGAAAAUCUGUACUCAUGUAUUGCACUGGAGGAAUUAGGUGUGAGAUGGCAUCAGCAUAUCUUAGGUCAAAAGGUGCUGGUUUUGAGAAUGUUUUCCAGUUAUUUGGUGGAAUACAGCGUUAUUUAGAACAAUAUCCAAAUGGUGGUUUUUUCAAAGGAAAGAAUUUUGUUUUUGAUCACAGGAUCUCAGUUGGGAGUUCAGAUACAGAUAUAUUGGGUACAUGUCUUCUUUGUUGCUUGCCCUUUGAUGACUAUUCUUCACGCCUCCGAUGCACUUAUUGUAGAAUGCUUAUUUUGAUUUGUUAUAGUUGCCAGAAGGAAAGCUUUGCAUCGGUCUGUGAGCUAUGCAAGAAACACGGCAAGGAUGUUGGAUUAAUAUCAUCGGUUGAAAAUGGCAGGUCAGAUGAAAUGUCAGCCCAAAGUGAGCUAAAAGCUGUUUCCUCAAAUGCCAAACUGUCACCUCAUAUGUCUCCGAGACAGGAAGAUAUUGGACAUCAAAGAAAACUCAGAAUCUUAUGCUUGCAUGGGUUCCGACAGAAUGCAUCUAGUUUUAAAGGCCGGACUGCAUCAUUAGCCAAAAAACUCAAGAGCUUUGUCGAGCUUGUCUUUGUGGAUGCACCUCAUGAGUUACCCUUCAUUUACCAACCGAGUGGAAUAGAGACACAUCCCGAUUGUACAACACCUUCACCACAAGAAGGCCCUCCUCCACCAUCACAGCAUUGCAAGAAGAAGUUUGCAUGGUUAGUGGCACCCAACUAUAGCCAAAGCAGCGAAACAGAAUGGAAAAUUGCUGACUGCCCAUUUGAUGUUCUUCAGUAUCAGCAGCAAACGGGUGGUUUUGAUGCAUCAUUGGCAUACUUAAGAGAUCUAUAUGCUCAACAAGGGCCAUUUGAUGGAAUCUUAGGAUUUUCUCAUGGAGCGGCCAUGGCUGCUGCAAUUUGUGCCCGACUAGGGAUGCAAAAAAGUGAAUUGGAGUUUAGGUUCGUGAUAUUGUGUUCUGGUUUUGCACUAAAAUUACCAGAGCUGCUGGACAACGGAUUGGCGAAAUGCCCUUCUCUUCAUAUUUUUGGCAGUGACCAUGGUAAGGACAGGCAGAUAGCAAACCAAGCAAGCAGAGAACUGGCCUCGUUAUUCGAUGAUGGUUGUGCUGUUACAAUCCAACAUGACUCUGGCCAUAUAAUCCCUACUCGGUCUCCUUAUAUUGACCAGAUUAAGGAUUUUCUCCAACGUUUUCUCUAAUGGUCUCCUCCCCUUGGUUUGGAUGUAUUAGAAUAUACUUUCUAUGAAAAUAGGUUCAUUUAGAAACAUUUUUGUCACUCUUAUGGAGGUGGAGUGGACCAUAAAUGUACAACAUCAUAUUAUGACAUUACUAUUCUUAACAAUUUUUCUUGAUCUUAA